CGAUGCCCAAAUAUCAAAACUUGUUGUAUUAUGUCUGAACACCAAUUAUAUAACCCCAAGAAUAAAAAACAACCUAGAAAGUAAGUAAGAUGGAUUCAGAAGGCAGAACCUCGUAUACUCUUAGGUAAUAUCACGAUUUUAUUCGUGUAUAUGGCAAAAACCAAACCCUGGAACCUUUGUUUGACGCUCUGACAGAAAUUCAAUACCCCCUUGAAGAUUUUCGCUUUGGCGUAUAAAAGCCCCCGCCCAACUGCAGUGGAGCAUCAGACAGUCAUCAGCUUUCUAUCCGGAUCCAACAUGAAGUUCCUCAUCGUCUUCGUCGCCCUCUUCGCCAUGGCCGUGGCCCGCCCCAACGAGGCCAAUAUCCUGAAGCAGGACUCCGACGUGCAGCCCGACAAGUGGAGCUCCGCUCUGGAGACCAGCGACGGCACCAAGAUCGACCAGCAGGGUGCCCUGAAGGACGUUGGCACUGAGCACGAGGCCGCCGUUGUCCACGGAUCCUACUCCUGGGUGGAUGAGAAGACCGGCGAGAAGUUCACCGUGACCUACGUCGCCGAUGAGAACGGAUUCCAGCCCCAGGGCGCCCAUCUGCCCGUUGCCCCAGCUGCUUAAAUUAUUGUAUAGACCAAAAUAAAUUGAUUGUAAAUUGCAAAUAA